GCCGCGGGCCAUGGCGUACCGGGAGCUGGUGAGGCGCUGGCACCAGGGCGUGCUGGCGGCCGACGGCGGGGACUGGGACGGCGCCCUGGCCAUCUUCGGCGGCAUCCCGGAGCCGCCGGCCAGGAUCUGCUUCAAUAUGGGCUGCGCGCAGCUGCUGGCCGGGAGGCCGGGGGAGGCCCUGCGGGCAUUCAGUGAAACCAUUGCGAAGGACAACUCCCUAGCUGUCGGCUUCUUUCAGAGAGGGCUUGUCCAUCUGCAGCUGGAGAUGUAUGAAGAAGCUCUCUCCGACUAUCAUAUGGCCUUCAGUCAUCUAAGAAAAAAUCCCUUCAUCGAUUACAAGCAGCUGGGGCUCAGGCACAUACUCUAUGCAUGGGAGGUGCUGUACAGCACUGCAGCAGCACAGUGCCGGCUGCAGCAGUGGCAGGAGGCCAGGGUCACCCUAGAUAAGGCUGUUGUAUGGAGGCCUGAAGGAAGAACAGCAAUCCUGGACCUGGCCCUUGAGCGGGUGCAGGACCAUUUGUUUUUAGAGCCCAUGCAGGUUCCCCUUGGGGAAUUUUUCAGACCACGGAAGAAGGAAGUUGAACAGCUGGAUUCAAAAGAUUUCCUGGGUAAACCCAAGGUGAUCUCCUCCAUCAUUCCCAAUGAUGAGUACAUUGGCUUCGAGCCUCUCAGGCCUCAGAAACAGGGCUUUUAUGAACCCAGUGCUGACGCUCUGCAAGACAGUGAGUCAGGCUACUACCGAGUUUUGUCCCGCUAUUACCCUGAGGACUCGGAGUCAGCAGUGAAAGCCAGCAGUUUGGUCUUUGUGCUGGCGAGAGGAGCAGAUGGCUGGGCUACAGCCAUACAUGAUGGACUGAAGCUACGCAUACCAAGCUCUCUCCUGGAGCCUGCCUCAAAGAUGGAUAAAUGGAAGAUCAGCAAUGGGAUUCCCCUCCCUCCUGCCCAGGUGCCUCCCAGCCGACUCCAUGUGAAGCAGAAGCCAGACUCUCCUGGGGGAGAAAAUGCCUCUGCAAAUGAUACCAGUGUCCAAACAGACUUCAAGCAGAUCCCACUGACCCCUGGAGAAGGUUCAUCCGGCACGGACAGGCCCGUUGUGCUGCAGGCGCGUUGCGAGUGCACCGUGGUGCUGAGGGCAGGCGAGCUGCCGUCUCUGCCAGCCCUGCGGGCUCUGCUGAGGCAGCGGUUUGGCCAGCAGGCAGAGCGAGGGAAGCUGAGCUACAGGCAUUCGGAUGGCAAAGAACUGGGUGCAGUUUCGGGAGAGGAGGAUCUAGGGAAGAUGUGGCAGCAGCUGACAGAUGGCAGGCUGACACUCUGCUGUGAGGACUCAGACUCCCAUUUGGGCAGACCUGUCCUCUACCGGAUGCUGGCCCAGCACUCGUACCCUGCACAGGGACCUGGGGACCUGGAGUUCAGCAAGGGAGACGUGCUGGAUAUUCUCUCUGAAGUGAAUGAGGACUGGCUUGAAGGACGCUGCAAUGGCAAGACUGGCAUCUUCCCCAAAUGCUUUGCAGCCCCAACCAGUUGUGGUGCUGUAUUCCUAUAGUGAACAGGAGCCUUUUCCUGCCCGAAUGCACAGUCCCAUCUCAUUCAGGCCACAGCCAGCACAGCCAGGAGCUCUGCUGAACCUGGAUGGGAGAUGUCCCCCACUCACAGAUCCUAUGGGGUCAGUUCCAGCAGUCCAACAGCAUUUUCUACAGCCUGUUCCCAGACCUGGCACUUUAACCCCUGUGCUUAUACUGCCAAAAAUGUGCUUGUGCAGGGCAGAGAGAAGAGGGAGUGAUCUGGUGUUUGGCUGUGGGAAAUGUCCAUGUGGCAGCUCAGACCACAGGGGCUCAGACUGCUGGGUGGGAAGAAGUUCCUCUCAAUGGAGGUCUUCACCCCCUCUCUCUUGUUCAAGUUCAGGCUGGGAAGGCUGAGCCUCACUCUAAUGAAUCACAGAAUGGUUGGGGUUGGAAGGAACCCUAAAGAUCACCUAGUUCCAACCCCCUGCCAUGGGCAGGGACACCUUCCACUAUCCCACGUUACU